AUGCAGAUGGUAUACCUAAUGCAAAUGGUACAUGCUGAUGAGUCAGUUUGUCGAACUUGGGAUUACUUGAAGCAACAUGGCUCGAAAGGAUUUAUAAACAUUCGGCCAAGGCCCACUGCAAUUGCCUGGACAAUUAUUGCUUGUUAUGCAGCAUUUGAAGCUGCAAUUCUUUUACCUGGAAAAAGGGCUGAGGGUCCAAUUUCUCCUGAUGGAAACCGACGUGUUUACAAGCUACCAAACAUUGGUAAAACACGAACCUAUGCCUCCAAUCCAGCUCAAUAUGAUUAG